AUGAAUAGUUUCGAUAAUUUAUUGUUGACAGAUGAUCUCUUGAGAGGAAUAUAUGGCUAUGGUUUUGAAACCAUGAGUUCUAUCCAACAAGAAAUAUUAAAUCCACAACAACAACAAACACAACCAUCACAACAACAACCAUCAAACAGUUCAAUGAUCGUUCAAGGUCGAUCAGGAGAGGGCAAAACCAUUGGAUUAAUUAUUAAAGUAUUGAAAACAGUUGAUUUUCAAAAGGAUGAUGAUGAUAAUGGUGUAGAAUUGCAAGGUUUAAUUCUUGUUCCGAAUGAAUAUUUAGGAAAACAAAUAACCAAAGCCAUGAUUUACUUGGGUGAAUAUAUUAGAAAUGCAACAAUUUCUGAUAAUGUGAAUGAAAAUCCGAGAAUUCUCAUAACCACUCCAUCAAUAGUCAUUGAAAAGAAGAUUAAUGUAUCCAAAUUGAAAAUUCUAGCAUGUGAUGAAAUGAAUGUCAUGUUACAAAUUGGAUCACCAACUAGAAGAUGUAUUAAGAGAAUUUUACAACAAAUUCCAAACGAAACUGAAAUUAUUUGUGUUGGUUCAAGUAAAUUGCCACCAGAAUGUUAUAUACAUGAUCAGCAUUUGAAACAUUCACGUAUCAUUCAACAAGAUAGUGAAUUGGGAAGAAAUAUUUCUGAAAGUUUUGUUUAUUGUCCAAAAUUGGAGCAAAAACUUGCAACAUUGAAGGAACGUGUCAACACUACUUUUCCAUCCAAUGUAAUAUUUUGUAAUAAUUCUAAAAACAAGGAGAAAUAG